GGUGAUCCGCCCACCUCGACCUCCCACAGUGCUGGGAUUACAAGCGUGAGCCACUGCGACCGGCCUUUUCUUUCUUUCGCGUGAGUCACUGCGCCCGGCCCUUUCUUUCUUUCUCUUUCUUCCUCUCUCCCCUCCCUCCCGCCUACCUGCCUUCCUUUUUUCCUUCUUUCUCCCCACUCUUUUUUUUUUUUUUAAUAUGAGGAAGGUAGCUUUAGUGAAAACAGGGUUUGGAGUUGAACCUAUAAUGGGUUCAAAUUCGACUUCCGUCCAGCACCAAGACCUGCUUUCCCUGUGGGACUCGCUUUCCCAUCCGCGAAACCGGGACGGCGCCGCCUACACCCCGCGGCGUUCGGGGCGGGCUGAACGGGACGCUGAGUACGGGCUCCAGCCACGCCCUUCGCUCCCCGCCCCCGGCGCGGAGCUGCGGCCACCGCAGUGUCCCCAGGGGACCGAAACCAGGGCGGGGUCUCGGUCCCUCCGCGGAAGGAGGGAGCUGGUCCGUACGAGGCAGGACUCACCGCCCCGCGCCGCGCUCUCCGAGCCAUGGCGCCGGCCCUGUGGCGGGCCUGUAACGGGCUCAUGGCCGCCUUCUUCGCGCUGGCGGCCUUCGUGCAGGUGGUGUACACAAUCCCUGCAGUACUGACCCUGCUUGUUGGACUUAACCCUCAAGUCACAGGUAAUGUUAUUUGGAAAAGUAUCUCUGCAAUACACAUACUCUUUUGUAUGGUGUGGGCUGUUGGCUUGGCAUCCUACCUCUUGCGUCAUACACAACAGAACAUCUUACAUGAGGAAGAAGGCAGGGAGCUGUCUGGUCUGGUGAUUAUUACAGCAUGGAUUAUCCUGUGCCACAGUUCCUCAAAACAGAGUCUUGCUCUGUUGCUCAGGCUGGAGUGCAGUGGCGCGAUCUCGGCUUGCUGCAACCUCCGCCUCCCAGGUUCAAGCAAUUCUCCUGCGUCAGCCUCCCAAGUAGCUGGGAUUACAGGCAGGUGACACCACGUCCGUCUAAUUUUUGUGUUUUUAGUAGAGAUGGGGUUUCACCAUGUUGGCCAGGAUGGUCUCAAACUCCUGACCUCAAGUGAUCUGCCUGCCUCAGCCUCCCAAAGUGCUGGGAUUACAGGCGUGAGCCACUGCACCCGGCCAGUUUAAACAUAUUUAGUGUGUUUCAGUCCAUGACAGUUAUUGUCUUUACUGAUGCGCAGACUGUCCCAUUUUUGUCCAGUGGCACUUAUUCAGGUCUGCUCCUGAAUUCUUUCUGACAUGACCCUAGUAAACCUUUUAUAGCUUCCUUGUUUUCUGGUAUGACAAGAUGUUCCAGGCACAUGUUAUACCCAGGAUCAUGUUUUAGGCCACAGACCUGGAAUCAACAGUGUUUGCAAUGUUUGUGAAUUUAUAUAUAUAUCAUAAAUGUAUAUGCAUACAUAUAUACAUGUACGCAUAUACAUUUAAAGUUAAAAUGUCUUACGAGUUUAUACUAACUACUCAAAUUCAGAGGUACCAGUUCUUAUUAACCUUAUUGGACAUUUUAUAUCUCUAUCUCCUUUUAAUCAUGGCAAAAUUUCUAGUCUCAGUGACCUAAACAUAAUCACCCAUCUGAUUUAUUCUACAAUGCAAAUGCAAUCUCCAAAUAAUAAUAUGACUACUGAAAACAGGUUCUUUUGUUUGUUUCUGUUAUUAGGAUAUAACCUACUAAGGGAUGUACACUCAAAUUACUGGGCAUAGUUGUUCUGUAUGCUAAUCCCACCAAAUAAAUACACAGUUAGAUUCAUUUAUUUCUAGGGCUAAUUGUAUUGAAAAUGUAUUGAUAUUAUUUUAUAAUUAUGUAAAAUAUCUAAUUGGCUCAAAAGUCAAAUCUAUAAAAUAAGAUAUAUUGAAAGAAACCCGGCUUCUCCAGCCCCCUGACCCUAUAGCUUCCCUUUCCCUAUGGGGGAAAAUUUUUUCAGUUUUAUAGUUUAUCCUUCCACGAUUUUUCAGUGGAGCAAAUGUGUGACUUAGUUGUAUUCCUGCUUAUGUAAGGUAACUGGCAGUGUAUUGUACACAGUUGUAUUCCACUUGCUUUACAAUUUACUACAUCCUGGAGAUCAUUCUAUAGUAUAGAAAAACUUUUCUUACUCUGCUGAUGGCUCCAUAGCUUAAUCAACCAGUCCUCUACUAUUUAGAUAGUAUCCAGGCUUUUGCUAUUAAAAAUAGUGCCGCAGUUAAUAGUGAUAUGCAUAUAUCUAACAUAUUUUUACCAGUGUGUCUUUGAGAUGAAUUCCUGGAAGUGAGACUGCUGGGUCAAAGUGUAAUUGCAUAGUUCAUAUUUCUAUAUACUCCCAAAUUCCCCCUCCAGGUAGCUCUUCCAUUUUGCAUCCCCACCAGCCAUGGCUAACAGUGUCUGUUUCCCCAUAGCCUUGCCAACAGCGUAUGUUAUCAAAAUCUUGAAUUUUUACUAAUCGGAUAGUUGAGAAAGGGGUAGUUU